UUUCUUGGGUGCCUUUAGUUACCACAAGCAAAUUACAUGGUUGAUCUAGACGUCCAGAUUCCAAGCGCUUUCGAUCCCUUUGCUGACGCCAAAGACUCGGAUGCCCCCGGAACCAAAGAAUACGUCCAUAUAAGGGUCCAACAGAGGAAUGGAAAGAAGUGUCUAACAACAGUUCAAGGGCUUAAGAAAGAGUUCAGCUAUGAUAAGAUCCUCAAGGACCUGAAGAAGGACUUCUGUUGCAAUGGGAAUGUUGUGCAGGACAAAGAGCUGGGGAAGAUAAUCCAGCUCCAAGGCGAUCAGCGGAAGAACGUCUCUCAGUUCCUUGUUCAGGCCGGGCUUGUCAAGAAGGAUCAAAUCAAGAUACAUGGUUUUUAAGCAGGAUCCUUAAAUUGGUCUGCUGUUUAUGCUGUUUGUGUGUGAAUUAAGUUUUUAAUCGAAGGGUCGUGGGGAGAAGGAGAGAUUAUAUUGAUGAAUUGUCUUUAUAUAUAGUGCAAGCUAAGUCUGUCUGUUUCUGUUAUGGUUUGUUUUUACAUUGCAUUAACAAUAAGAGGAUUGCAAUGGAAUAUUAUGGCUUCGUUUUAUUAAUUAGUAAAAAGAAUGUUGACAAGAA